CUCUCUCUCUCUCUCUCUCUGAAGAACAGCUGAAUCCUGAGUGUUAAAUCAGUUGUGGGGCAGUAUGGAGUUUCCCGCGGUCACUGUAAGCGAUGCUGGGGAUCUGUACUCAGCGAUGCUCUACAAUAACAGCAGCAGGCUGGAGGAAUCUGCGGGGCUGGAGUCGAACAGGAGCGGAGAUCAGAGCGCUCUGAGCGGAUCCACAGUGCUGAUCAUCUCCAUCUCCAUCACCGCGCUCUACUCAGCCAUCUGCGCGCUCGGGCUGCUCGGAAACCUGCUGGUCAUGUACGGAGUGGUCAGGUACACAAAGAUGAAGACUGCAACCAACAUCUACAUCUUUAAUCUGGCUCUGGCAGAUGCUUUGGCCACCAGCACACUUCCGUUCCAGAGUGCCAAGUAUCUGAUGAGCACCUGGCCGUUUGGGGAGCUGUUGUGUAAAGUAGUCAUUGCUAUUGACUACUACAACAUGUUCACCAGCAUCUUCACACUGACGAUGAUGAGUGUGGACCGCUACAUUGCCGUGUGUCACCCAGUGAAGGCUCUGGAGUUCCGGACACCUGUCAAAGCGAAGAUCAUCAAUGUGUUCAUCUGGAUUCUGUCAUCUGCCAUUGGAAUUCCUAUCAUGGUUAUUGCAGUGACCAGAGUGAAUGACAAAGGUAAAACUGUCUGCAUGCUGAAAUUUCCAGAUCCAGACUGGUAUUACGACACCGUGACGAAAAUCUGUGUAUUCAUCUUUGCUUUUGUGGUGCCGGUUUUGGUCAUCACGAUCUGCUAUGGGUUGAUGAUCCUGCGCCUGAAAAGCGUGCGUCUGCUCUCUGGAUCCAAAGAGAAGGACAGGAACAUGCGCCGCAUCACUCGCAUGGUACUGGUGGUGGUGGCAGCCUUCAUCAUCUGCUGGACACCCAUCCAUAUCUUCAUUAUCGUUAAGACCUUGGUGGAGAUCGACCAGAAGAACCCACUUGUGAUCAUCAGCUGGCAUUUCUGUAUUGCUCUGGGCUACAUGAACAGCAGUCUGAACCCGGUGCUGUACGCAUUCCUGGAUGAGAACUUCAAGAGAUGCUUCAGGGAGUUUUGUCUGCCCUUUCGCUCCUGCAUGGAGCAGAAUAGCUUCUCUCGAGCUCGAAAUACAACCCAGGAACCCAUUUCAGUAUGCGGCCAGUCAGAGUCGCUCAAGAGGCCGAGAUGACUAGACCUGGACAAGGUGCCGGCUAGAGCACCAAAGAGGACCCAGCAGGACCUGCAGUCUGACGGCACUCAGAUCACUACCACAGAGUUCUGAGUCUGUUUGGGUAGAACUAAAGUUACAGGUGGUUUUCAUUGGCUGGAACAUUGAAACAUGGUUUUUGCUUUUUUUUUGUAAACUGUACAGUACAUUUAAUUGUAAGAAAUGUAAGAUCAUUGCCUUGUCCUGCUGUUAAGAUGAAAUGGACUUCAAUUGUACAGCAGAGUUAAUAUAACCUUCAGUAAAUUGCAGAAAAAUGCCAAAAUGACAAAGAUCAUCUCCCUGUACCUCUAUAUAUGAAAUAUUUGGAAUUUAAUAAAUUGCAACACAAACUGAAUUUGACAGUCUAUUUUUUUGACAUUUGCCUCAAAUAAUAAUGGCUGCUUGCCAGGCUUCUAUUGAUUGUAAAUAAUAUGUUCUUAAUGACUUGUAAUUUAAAAAAAUGAAAUAUAAAACAAACUAAACUACUUAUGGAGAGGAUGAUAUUAAAUGUACAGCAAAAUGUUGUUUGUUACAUGUUAUAUCACUAAACUAAAAUGAUACAUUAAAAAUAAUCUGUUCCCAAAAUAAAAUUAAGUUAUUUUUAUAUGUUUGGAAAUUUAGACAAAGUAAAAAAUAUGUUUUCUAUUUUCCUUUAAAGAUACAAUGUUUCCUCACUCACACAUAAAUAGAAUUUACACAAACGUAUGUAAAAAGGCACUACAUACAACUAUGUUCUGCUUAAAUAUGCUGCUAUAUAACUAAUACACAUAUUGCACAUAUGAAUCGUCAUCAGCUUGUAGUAUAGCUUCUUGUUUUCAUAUUUUCUUCAUUUCCUUUUUAUCAGCACCAUGAUCUCCAACAAAGAAUUACUAGGUAGAACCGCAAGAAUAACAGUAGUGAAAGAAAGUCUACAUGAUAGUUUUGUAGAUUGUCUUAUUUCAUGAAAAGAAAGAAAAUUCCUGAAAUCUGCUGGUACACCAAUUACAGAAUAAACAGCUGACCUGAAUGCAAUGAUGCAUAUUAAGAUAAUGACCUCUCAUAGCUGCUCAGAGCUCAGAUUACAAAUUACACAUGACAUAUGCCAUAUGCUUCUUCAGUAAUUUCAUUAUUUUUAAGCAGCAUUUUUGGUGAUGCUCAUCUUUCAGAGUGUAAUGCAGAGAUUAUUACACACCAGUCGUCACCAGGUCAUGUGAGGUGGAGGUGCUAACACUCAAUCUAGUACUGGUGAUGCUUCAACUCAUUCAUACAUUUUAUUUGUAGAGCUUUUAUCAUCAGGCAAUGUCACAAUGCACCUUACAGCAAACUUUUAAGCAAGCCUAUAGUGAAAGCAGAAAGAAAAAACACAAGUCUAGUAGCUAAAAACACAUUAAGCAAACAGUAGAAUAGCUUAUUUUGCCAUUAUUAUUAUUAACUUAAUCAAAAAUAUAAGCUUUACAUAGCUAACAACAGAUCACUUACAUACUUUGUGAAGAAUAUUUGCUACGCCAAUAAGAGGUUGUAUGUAUAUAUUCAUUUGCAUACGUAAAUGACAGUGUACUGAUGAUUGCUCAACUUCAAAAAGUAUCUACAAUAAAACUAAAAAUUACUUUUUCCUAUUUUGUCUGCAUGAAUUUGACCUGAAAUGUGACUAUGUCUUAUUCACAGGUUUUAUUUAUGUUACUGGCAACAGUAACUUUAAGCAUCUGUUCUUACUCUGUAGUCCUGUUAAAUCUUUUUUUUCUAAAGUGUUAAGUUAUCUAUUUAAUUACUAUCAUAGCAAACUUCAAUAAACCAGUUUGAUAUUUAAUUUGAGGA